CUCCUGAGAGGAAGGCCCUGCGGUGUUAUGACCAGUGGGCUGCUCGCCGCAAAUGGGCCUGAGUGGCACAGGCUGUCCCCCUUCCCCAUAGAGAUUAUUGCAUUGGACAAAUGAUCAGAGAAUCAGCUCUGGCCUCUGUUGGAUCUGCCCUUGGUGCUGGGUGGGCCAUCCUGGGCUCCCUGGUGGGGUGGCCCCUUAGGGAACACAUCCAUGUCCAGAGAGAGCUCUUCCUUUUAUCGGCUCUCCCUCUCGCCGCUGCCCAGACAGUGACAUUCGAUUUGGGCUUCUCUCUUUCCUGUUUGCUGGGGUCCCAUUGGGGCCAGUAGCAGAGGGACUUGCUUGCAUGAGUCUUAGUGCCCCACUGGGUGGAGGCAGUGCUGCUGGUCCAUCUGUUCAUCCCCCAUCCAGGGUCAUAUCGGCGUUCCCUUCCCCCUUAGCUGGAUGUGGGACUUGGGAAGAAGUCUAGCAGGGGACUUAUCCAGGAACUCGAGGGAUGAGCUGUCUGGAAAGAGGGGCAAAGUGCCCUCUGUGCUCCUGUGAGUGGGGGCAUCAGCGUGAACCAAGAUGACUUGAAGAGGAAGCCAAGGAGAAAGCGACAGCAAGGAAAGUGCCGGCAUGUUCAGAAGGACCGAGUUAGCUCUGAAGGCCAGUGGAGCUGGAUGGGAGAAGUUGGAGGAAGGUAGAGCCGAGUCCAAGCUAGAGAAGCUGUUGCUCCUAAUUUCGGCUGUCCUCCUGCCUUGGGAGGGGCCCCUGGGAUCCCCAGCAUCAGAGGAGGUCCUCGAGCGAAGAGCAUCCAGGACAGAUCCAAGAGGAUGGGCUUCCUGCUUCCAGGAUGGGCUGGCCCAGUAACCUCUGAGAGCCCUAAGAUGCCUCAAGGGCUGGCACAUGGCACUGAUAAGUUAAUCUAAUGGCAGGCAUCGCAUGUCAGGGUUCCUUUAGGACCAUGUUGCUGGGCACUCCAACACUGCAGAGAGGAUGUGGGCACUCGUGAUACAGACUGAGCUCUCUGGAAGUGAUCAGUUGUGCUUCCUGUGAGCCUGAAAGAGUAAAUAGCUUCAAAGGCUUGUUCUCAGCUACGAUUGAUGGCACAUGAUGGUAUACGCGAGCCUGGCACGUGGCCGACCCAUAGGGACGGAAGCCAACUGUGGACGAGGAGAGUUUGGGGACGAACAAUGUGGAUGGACAGAGUGCCCCAUGGGUGAGGGCGUGACCGCAGUUCUUAAGUUGAGCUAAAAUAUGCCCCGGCUGUAUGGCAGCAGCAUCACAGAUAUGUGGUCUCCGAAUGUUGGACUCUCACUGCAUUGUGGGAGAAACCAAGGGGCCACAAAAACAAGUGGUGGGGGGGGGGACUAGAAGCUAGGGCCAUAUCCAGGCAUGACAUGUUGUGCUGAGGAGCUUGCCCUCUGGCCUUACAUGUGUCCAAGCAUAGUGGGCAUGUGGAGAUCAUGAAAGAUGGAAAGAUGAGCUUCCCGACCCCUUCGACAAAGGAAGAAACUAAAUUGCAUGUCUGAGGUGCAAUUUGGAUUUAGGCCUCCUUGAGAGCAAAUGCCUCACCGGGGAGCCACCGGACUUGGAUGCGGAUCAGAGGAUGGGGUGAGGUUAAGCAGGGGUGAAUAAGCAAGGUCUGGAAUUACCCAAAAGGCUGGGUGGGGAGAGUACCCGGAAUGCAGCCAGGGAAUGGCAGAGCACUGAGGAAUUAGGGUUUGACCUGUGAAAUAACUUUCCUUUCCCUUCCCUUCCUCUCUGAAGGCCUCAUCUGCUGCUGACAGGAUCCGUGGCCUCUAAGUCCUGUGGGAUCCUGUCUUUGAGGUGGCUCCUCAGUAUUGUGGUUGGACUGCUUGUUGGACUUUCCCCCUUGCCCUUUGACCUGGAGACUCUGGGGUUUGGCUGUGACAUUUCUGGGAAGUUUCCUUUCAUUUGGGGGUUUCUGUCAGGAACUGACUCUAAGUUCUUUCUGUUUCUGCUUAGAAGCCUCUGCUUGGAAGACAUAGUUGCUGGCUCCAUUCUGGUCCGGGCUCUCAGGUUCUUUUCUUCAGAUCAGUUGCUUUUCCUGGGAGACACUGGACAUUUUCUUCUCCUUUUCCCAGGCUCUCGGCUUUGUUUUCAUGUUUCUUAUUGCCUCCUGGAUUCACUGGCUUUCCUUUGGGCCAUUCGCGUUUUCAGGGAGCUCCCUUGGUGAUUCUUCCCUCCAGGGCUCUCGUUUCUUGGUCGCUCCUGGGCUGCUGUUCCCUUUUGAGAACUCUGUUUAGGAUUUUGCAGAUGCUUGCUUUGUCUCUUGCGGGAAUUGCAGCCGAGUUUGCCCAAGCUUCCCUCUCUCCACGUGCCCUCUUUAUGACAGAGACUCAUUCUUUCAGCCUAUUUCCCAAGUCUGUGAGAGAGUUAAGCUCUGGCCAUUUGGGAGGGGAAGGUCCAGGCUCGUCCCAUUGCCACCAGCACGUCGGGGACAUCUCAGGCUAGAGCCCCGAAGAGCCUUCACGCUCCUGGGAAGUCUGGAUGUUCCCCAGCACCCCCCAAGCCUGGCCUGGGGCUCAGCCCCUCUUAACUAGCUGGAGAUCAGCAGAAGUCCGUUCCCCUUCCCCAGGAGUGUGGGGCUCCUGCUCUCCUUCUUCCUGUGCAGCCUGGGCGAGAUGCUGCUUGAAGCCUGGGGUCUUAGACCGUCCACUACUGCCACAGCCACCCUGGAUUCUUUCUGGAGAUGCCAAGCUGGAGCCACCCUGGGCACAGGGCCCCUUCUCAGGCCAUCUUGGAUCUUGCUGCAGCCUGGCAUGGGUCUGGGCCUCUCCCUCCCCGACACCUGCUGACCCGGGUGUUCUUUUCCCAGCAGGACUGGAUCUGUUUGCAGGAGUUCCACUGCCUUUCUUCUUGCUACUCCACCCUCUUCGCCAAGCCAGGCUCACCCCGUCUGUCUCCACCGUUAUGGUCACUGGAUAGAUUGUUUGCCCAGUCCUGCCUCCUUCACUCGGCAUUGGUUCCCAUUAAGGAAAAGCUUUUGGAUGGAGUUCUUUAGGCUCUGACAUGCAAAGCACAGUCACAUGUUAACAGCAGCCUUUGCAGGUAUGCUAACAGAGGCUAGAUGGCCUACCAUCCCCAGAUCCAGUGAAAAGAAGUCUUGGCUGUGCAGGAGAGAGAGACCGAAAUGUGCAGGUCCCUCCCCCAAGUCUCCGUCUGACUGCUCUCUGGGCGCUCCGAGGAGGUGGAACGUGAGAGACAAGGUCCCACAGCAGGUCCACUCGGGUCACCGAAGGAACUCUGCGGAGUAGCUGUCAAGUGAGGAUCCGUUAAGAGCGAGCCAGCCACAGCUGGGGCAUGAUCUUGGCCAAGCUUGGCAAUGGAUCUCCCAGUGGGCACCAGUGCGUUUGGUGACCGACCCAGGCCCUGCGGUUGGCUGCCAAGUUCCUUAUUCCAACGGAAGGCUCAAAGCUUUAAAAAACUCCUAGAAGAAAUCGGGCUCAUUUGUUUAGUCACUCGGCUCUGUGGGAGGGGCCAGGGGUACAAAGGCGAGACAAAAGCCGGCUCACCCUGGGGAGGUUCCGCCCCGCUCUCCUGGCAGAGCUCGCCCCUCCAAGGAGAAAUAGCCUUGGAAAGUGCGGCUGCCCUCUGAGACCCAGGGGGCCUCUCCAACGAUUCUCCUCUCCCUCCGUUAACCUGGGAGCCCCUGGAGAGCAAGGACCUGUGCAACUUCCUUUUUUGGGUUCCCAGCACCUAGUAGGGGCCACAUCAACACUGUUCAUAGUAAGCACCUAAUAGAUCCUUUCUCAUUCAUUCAUCCUUUCAUCUAGAGCUAGAAUGCAAUUGUCUUGUCUAUUUUUCUCAUUUGACAGAGAAGGAAACUGAGGCAUUGACUGGCGAGGGGACACUGACAUCUGAGUGGCCAAGGGACUGGAGCCCAAGAUGGGGAAUUAGAAAGACCUGAGUUCAAGUUGUGACUCAGACAUUUCUUAGCUGUGUGACUUUGACCAAGUCCCUUGCCUUUCCUGUGCCUCAGUUUCCUCAUCCAUAAAAUGGAGAUCAUAUUAGACCCUUCCUCCCAGGGUCAUCAGAAGGAUCCAAUGAGAUGGCAGGAAGUGCUAAAGGACUUGCCCGAGGUCAGUGGCAGAGAAGUGUUGUUCUCCAAGUUCUGAGUUCCUUUGCCAUCAGUGAGGCAUCUCGUCUGUCUCCUUUACCCUCUGCCAGGUCCUUGGCGUGACCUCCGGCCUGUGGCCUUCUUGUGGAGCUUCUGGGGGAGGGGAAAGGAGGAGGAGAUCAGGCCUCAGCUGCAGACCGCACUAAAGGCUUCUUGGGAUUGACAGAGAGAGGGGGAAGAUGACGUCUUCAUCACUUCUGGAGCUCAGCUCCAUAGAGACGCCCACGCUGCUGAGCGAGAUCAAGACCGAGCCUCCCGAAGAGCUCCUGGCUCCUGAUUGUGGCAGUGUGCCCCAGGCGGAGCCCGUGGACCUGUCCCUGCACAAGGCCAAAGCCUCACCGCCACAGACUGCAGCCCUCUUGCCGUCCUCCAUGCUGGUGGCCCCCUCAGUCCAGCCACCUGUGGUGUCAGUAUCUCCCUCCGGCCUGGGCUCACCCUCCACCUCUGCCAUCCCGGCCGUGUUGUCUCCGGGCUCCAUCCUGGCCUCGACCCAGGGCAGCAGUGGCCAGCAGAUCCUGCAUCUCAUCCACACCAUCCCCUCUGUCAGCCUGCCUAGCAAGAUGGGCAACCUGCAGACCAUCCCUGUUGUGGUCCAGUCCCUGCCUGUGGUCUACACCACCAUGGCCCCUGACAGCGUGACCGCCGCCAUCACCGUCCCACUCAUUGGGGGAGAUGGCAAAAACGCAGGUUCUGUGAAAUUAGACCCCAGCUCCUUGUCCCCGGUGGAAGUCCAGAGUGACAGUGAGGACAGCAUGGGGGAGACCGUGUCUGUAUCUGCGGCCUUUCAGGAGCUGCCGAGAGAAUCUGUGGGGACCCCAUUACAUCACACGGACUCCCCCGACCUGAAGAAGAGGCGGAUUCACCAGUGUGACUUUGCCGGCUGCAACAAGGUCUACACCAAGAGCUCCCACCUGAAGGCCCACCGGCGGAUCCACACAGGAGAGAAGCCAUACAAGUGUACCUGGGAAGGCUGCACCUGGAAAUUUGCUCGCUCGGAUGAGCUGACUCGACAUUUCCGCAAGCACACGGGCAUCAAACCCUUCCACUGCUCAGACUGUGACCGAAGCUUCUCGCGCUCGGAUCACCUGGCCCUCCACCGGCGGCGGCACAUCAUGAUGAAACUGGCAAGUUCCCUGGGAUCUUUCUCCAAGACUGAGCCCCAACAGUGGAACCCAGAUGACCAGUUGGCAGCUACGUCAGGGUUCCUCCUGCUGCCCACUUACCUGCCAAUGGACUCGGAUGCUGAAAAAGCCCCUGCUGCCUCCUUACUGUAAGGCCAGCAGGGUUCAUUUAGAAACAGUGUUUCCCAAUACACCAGCAGACAAUAUUUUGGACAUUACCUGAGCAGGGAAGGUCCACAGAACAUAAGAGAAUAGAGCAAACCGGGUGGUAUGGCACCCGUGCUCUGGUCUUGGCCUGCUCCCGGUGAGGGUGGAGGACUUAAGUGGCAGCAGCUCCUGGGGCUUCUCUGCCUCCUCUCAUGCACAGACCACUUUGCUGCUGCCACUGCCUCCAUUGGGCAGUCCUGUUUCACUCAUCCUCCCAAGCAGGAGAGCAGCAGGACCUGUUUUCUCCCAUUGGCCUCCUUUCCCUCAUCGAGGGCUCCUGAGCUGGAGCCCUCCUUGCCGAAUCAAGGCCUCCCCCUAGCUCUUCUCUGCCCCUUUUGCCUGCUUUUUCUACUUGGGUGCUUUGCCCACUGCCUACCAGGGACCUUCUGGCCUUCUGUUUGUUGGUAAGGGAAUCUCGGGGGCUGAGCUGGGCUCAGCUGGGCCCUAGGCCCUUCCAGUGCCCUUUGCACUGAGGGCCCCCUCUGUCUGUCAGUUGGCCUGACACAUUUUCCCACCUUGUCUUCUGCUGCCCCAAAGGGGCCGCCAGUCAUAUGAUUGAAGACAAGGGAUAUAUUUGUUUUGUACCAACCUCCAAGGAAAUGCCCCCCGUUUCGGGGUGUUGGGGACCUGCUCCUUAGCCCAACUUCUAGGCAAGCAUAGAGAGCUAGAAGCGGAAGGAGUAGAGAGGGCCAAGAGCUCCUCCCCCUACUUCUUGCCACAAUCAGUUCCAGACCCAGGAACUUGGGAGUCCCAGAUUAGUGGCAUUAGGAGUUCCAGAUGGGACACCUUGGAAUUUAGAGGAGGGGGCUGGUAGCUCCCCCUUGGCACCAGGCUUCCUGGAGAGCCCAGCCCCAGUGCAGAACCCAGAAUUUGUGCUUCCCAGAGAGGCCUGGGUGAGUGGCAUGGGGCCAAACAUUUGUUUUUUUACUUCGGGGUUCUGGUCUUACCUAGACUAAUGUUAAAGCAAGUUUACAUUUUCUAAGCACAUGCUGGCAGGCGGUCGGGAGAAAGAUCUUGGGCAAAUCCUGAGCUGGGUGGCAAAGGGGGUGUAUGGCGCCCUCUUAAGCAUCUGGGGAUGAUCUGAACUCAGGACUGGUCAGAUGGUGCUGUUGUGCGCCACACACAGCCUUGCCACCAUUGCGCAUCACAUGGCGCUUCUAGCGAGCGUCUGUGUCUGCAAAGCCUUUGUUUGGCGUGGAUGAUUCCAUGAAACCAGGCUGUCUUGCAUUCCUGGAAUUAGGAUUCGUGAGGGCAAGCCUGGCUCUGGGGAGAUCUGAGCCUGCAGCCAAGAGGCACUGACCGACUGACCGACUCCCAGAAAUUCACGGCCAUUUGGCUACUACCCCUGUGUUUGACACAAGAGGCAGGCUCUUCGUCUUCCUGGCUCUGGCACGGGAGACCUCGCUGGGCAAACCCAGGGCUUCAGAUGCUUCCCUGGGGUCUCCCUGUACAGCUCUUUUCUGGGGGUCAGAGUCAGAAGCUGUUCCCUGCACCUGGGGGAAUCGAAUAAAGCCUCCUAUCCCGUUGGGGUGGCCCUUCUUUAAUUUCCCUGAAAGGUGGUAAGUCCAGCCUCUGCUCUAAUACUAGAAGUGAUGGGGAGCUCACUACCUCCAGAGGCAGCCCAUUUAUCUACGGGCAUUUGCCUGGGGCUAACAAGGCACACCUCUUCUCCCCCAGGUCUCUCCACCUCCUGGUCUCAGGCACAACCCUUUUCCCAGGGAUCUCUUCAAUGAAAGAAAUAAAAUUGAGUACACUUUUUCCUGUGAUUAUUGUUUGAUUUGUAUAGACUUUUAGAAAACUUUAUACUGUAUAGUGUACAGGUCUAUUGUUUAUAGUCGAUUAAAUAGUUGAUUAAA